AUGAAAACGGACUUCAAGUUCUCGAAUCUGCUGGGCACAGUGUACCGCAAGGGCAACUUGGUCUACACGCCCGAUGGCAACGCCCUGCUGUCACCCGUCGGCAACCGAGUGUCGGUGUUCGACUUGACCAACACCACGUCACAUACUCUGCCAUUCGCCCACCGAGCCAAUGUUGCCCGCAUAGCACUGCAUCCCAAGGGCCAACUCCUGCUCACCAUCGACGAAUCCGGCCAUGCCAUCCUCUCCCAUCUGCACCGGAAAAUCCUGCUGUACCACUUCUCGCUCAAAAGUGCUGUCUCGUCGCUGGCCUUUUCACCCACUGGCAACCACUUUGCAGUCGCUCUGGGCAGGAAGAUCCAAGUAUGGAAAACGCCCUCAACGCCUGGCGCCGCUGAGAGCGCAGAUGGCGGCGAUGCUGGGCUGGAGUUUGCGCCCUUCGUCAGAUAUCGCGAAUAUGUUGCGCAUCACGAUACCGUCCAGCACAUCGAAUGGAGUAGCGACUCGAGGUUCUUCCUUUCCGCAAGCAAAGACCUGACCGCACGCAUAUGGAGCUUAGACCCCGAACCAGGAUUCACGCCGACAGUGCUAUCUGGACACAGAACAGCAGUCUAUGCGGCAUGGUUUAGCAGAGACCAGGAAACCAUAUACACGGUUUCGAAAGACGGAGCACUGUUCCAGUGGCAGUACUUGCCGCCUCCACACGCCGACCCUGAGAACAUCAACGAAGAGGACGAACGAUGGCGCAUCAGCGAGCGACACUACUUCUUCCAGGACCAAGCACAUUUGACCACCGCGGCCUUUCACCCGCCCUCAAACUUGCUCGUCACUGGCUUCUCGAAUGGCUUAUUCAUGCUUCACGAAUUGCCAGCUUUCAGUGAAAUACACAAGCUGUCCAUAUCGGCCUCAAACGUGGACACCGUAUCCAUCAACAAAUCAGGAGAGUGGCUGGCCUUCGGCUCGUCGGCUCUCGGCCAACUCUUGGUCUGGGAAUGGCAGAGCGAAUCAUACAUCCUCAAGCAGCAAGGCCAUUUCGACAGCAUGAAUGCCCUGACGUACUCGCCAUCAGGCGACCGAAUAAUAACGUGCGCCGAUGAUGGCAAGAUCAAAGUCUGGGAUACUGCAUCUGGAUUUUGCAUCGUCACCUUCACUGAGCACACUUCUGGCGUAACGGCCUGCGAGUUUGCGAGACGUGGAAACGUUCUUUUCACUGCUUCGCUGGAUGGCAGUGUGCGAGCCUUCGACCUGAUCCGCUAUCGAUGCUUCAGGACAUUUACGGCACCCAAGCGUCUCAGCUUCAGCUCCAUCGCAGUGGACCCAAGUGGUGAAGUAGUGGCAGCUGGUUCUCUCGAUGACUUCGAUAUCCACAUGUGGAACGUGCAGACUGGACAGCUAUUGGAUAACCUGAACGGCCACGAAGGGCCGGUAUCAAGUCUAGCAUUCGCACCCAAUGGUGGAAACCUUGUCUCUGGCAGCUGGGACCGCACUGUGAGAAUCUGGAACGUCUUCGAUCGCACACCCACAUCGGAGCCACUGCAGUUGCAGGCAGAUGUGCUUGCAGUGACAGUGCGGCCGGACAGUAGACAGAUCGCGGUAUCCACGCUCGAUGGUCAACUCACCUUCUGGAACCUCAGCGAAGCCACACAAGAAGCUGGACUUGACGGGAGGCGAGAUGCUAGUGGUGGCCGAAAGGCGACGGAUCGCAGAACAGCUGCCAACGUGACAGGCACCAAGGCGUAUGGUACCAUUGCCUACAGCGCGGACGGCACAGUCUUGCUCGCCGGUGGCAACAGCAAGUACAUUACACUGUACGCGGUCGAGACGGGUGUACUGCUGCGCAAGUUCACAGUGAGUGUGAACCUCAGUUUGGAAGGCACACAAGAGUUCCUCAACUCAAAGCUCCUCACUGAAGCCGGGCCACGUGCAUUGCUCGACGAACAAGGAGAAGCCUCAGACCUGGAAGACCGAAUGGACAACUCGCUCCCGGGUGCCAAACGUGGCGAUGCUGCUCAACGAAAGACCGGGCCUGAAGUCCGCGUAUCUGGUGUUGCUUUCUCCCCAACCGGCCGAGCUUUCACUGCCGCAAGCACCGAAGGACUGCUCAUGUACUCCUUAGACACCGGCGCUGUCUUCGAUCCUUUCGAUUUGGACGUCGAUAUCACCCCAGAAACCACGCUCGAAACACUUCAGAACCAAGAAUGGCUGAAAGCAAUAGUCAUGGCUUUCCGUCUAGGUGACGACAAGCUCGUACGGAAAGUCUACCUCUCUAUUCCCGUCUCUGAUAUUGGCCUUGUCGUGCGCGAUUUACCACAGGUCUACCUCGAUCGACUGCUGCGAUUCGUCGCGAAAGAAGCCGACCAAAGUCCACAUUUGGAGCUGAACUUAUUAUGGACCGAAAGCGUGCUCGGUCAACAUGGUCGACUUCUGAAGCAAAAACAAGGCGAAUAUGCCGAAGUCGUACGGAUGAUGCAAAGAGCUAUUGCCAGAGUCCAGGGCGAGAUUAUGAAAAUUGCAGAUCAGAAUGAGCAUACCAUUGAUUUCCUCCUGGCGCAGCCGAGGCGAGAAGCACAGCCUGAAACCCCCCUCAAAGCGAUCACGAAUGGCGGUGCUGAGGAGAGUGAUGAAGAAAUGGAAGAUGGUGCAGCAGAAGAAGAAGAAGAAGAGGGGUGGAUUGGCUUGGAAUAG